UGCCAACAAGAAUUAAAUCCAUCACUGUUUUGUAUGUGGUUAAGAUGCUUCAAGUCAAUAAUUGUUUAUCAACAUCAUCUAGAACUUAGAAAGAGUAACCCGCAUACUCCAAAAUGACCAAAACCAUGACACCUCUACUUCUCCUCCUCCUCCUCCUCCUCCUCCUCCUAUCUACCACCAUCACUGCAACCGCUUCCACUUCCGCAUACCCAUCAGUCCCCACGGACUGCACUGUUUCUACAGGGGAUAAGAAACUGGUUCCUGUUAGACGGGAAGUUUACGGUGAUGGGAAAAUCUUCGAUAUUAGUCACAGGUACACUGCGGAUAUGCCAUUUUGGGGGAGCAAUGACGGGCUGGGUCAGUUCCUGUGGCUUCCUGCCAGCAUGAAGAAUGGCUCGCUGGCCAAUAAUUCUGAGAUGAAACUGUCUACUCAUACUGGCACGCACGUCGACGCUCCUGGCCAUAUGAUUGACCGUUACUUCGAUGCUGGAUUUGAUGUCGACACGCUUGAUCUUGAAGUUCUUAACGGUCCAGCUCUGUUAGUUGAUGUGCCGAGGGACCAGAACAUAACGGCCGAAGUCAUGCAGUCAUUGAAAAUUCCCAAGGGAGUGCGUCGUGUGCUUUUCAGAACAUUAAAUACUGACAGGCAGCUUAUGUUUAAAAGGGAGUUUGACUCAAGCUUUGUUGGAUUUACAACGGAUGGGGCAAGAUGGUUGGUAAAGAACACUGACAUCAAACUUGUUGGAAUCGAUUACUUAUCUGUUGCAUCCCGUGAUCAUUCGGUUCCGGCUCAUCUUGAAUUUUUUGAAAGCAGGGAAAUCAUUCUAGUGGAAGGCUUAAAACUUGAUGAUGUUCCACUUGGAAUAUAUUCCGUCCAUUGCUUACCUCUAAGGUUGCUUGGUGCUGAAGGAUCACCGAUCAGAUGCAUUCUCAUCAAAUGAUGCAUUUUCCUCGUUAAAUAAUAGCGGUAGGAGGUGAUGUUGUUUGGAAUAAGAGAAAUUUCGGGUUUAUGAGUUAGAUCUGAAUGCUGUUACAUACACGUAGAAGGGAGAUGUGCAGUACAGAAAUUUAGUUGCAUGAAGCACACUUUUCUUGUAAUAUAUCAUAUAGUAUCUGUUUAGGUUUUUUAUUGAUAACAUAAAUAAUAGACAUUCACUAGUGUUUCUGAACAUCAUGGAUGGAUUUGGUCACUGAUUGUAAUUGUUGGCGAUGGUGUCUUCUUGACAUCCCAAAGGAAUUUUCACAGAUCCAUGAUUGGAAAAGCCAUCUUUAUGAAA